AUGGGACUCAACUCUACUACUCAGAGAGCUGGGGUCGUAUGGAGUCUUGGGAGAUAUUCCUACGAGUUCCAAAGGGAUUUAUUGCCUAAAGAUACCAAGCAAUGUACCUGUAUCUCUUCAUACCAGAAAGCCAAGUUGAAAAUAUCUGCCCCAAUGGCCUUUAAAAAGUAUGGGAUUUCGCCGAAAUACUUGCCCGUUCCGCCUAAAGAUAAGCUUAAGGGUGGUUUUGUGACAGCUGCUGUAGAGUUGGGAAAUUACAUUGACCCAAUUAGAACUAUUGAUCCAGAGUAUAUUAGUUAUCCAAAAGGAAUGAAUAGUGUAAACUACACUCUAAUAAUGAUAGAUUUCGACAAACAUCAGGGGCCUGCACCGAACGUCCACCUCAUCGCUAUUUUUGUGAAUGUACCAAAUAGUAAGAAUUUAUUGGUUGGUGGUGAGGAAGCUGUGCCUUUCAUAUCACCCGUCCCAAACUUAGGAACCGGUAUUCACAGAAUCGCAGGCGUCUUGUAUGAGCAGAACGACCACAUAGACCCUGACCAAAUUGAAUUUUUAAAAUUGACAAAAAGCCGUGUUCUACAACUGGCAGAAUUCGCAAAGACCUACAACCUCAAACCUGAGCCUGUGGCGGGGACUUUCUACACCACUGAACUCAAAAGAUGCGGAAAUUUUAAACACUAA